AUGACUGCAAACGGCACCAAGCGCAAUCCUCUCCCUCAUGGAGUCUACGUCCCAACGGUGGCCUUCUUCAAGCCCGAUGAAGAAGUCGACCUGCCCACAGUCGAGAAGCACGCUGCCUACCUCGCCCGCAGCGGCGUCACAGGCCUAGUCACCCAAGGCAGCAAUGGCGAAGCCGUGCAUCUCGACCGCGAGGAACGCAAAGCCAUCACUGCCGCGACUCGUCGCGCCGUCGACGCAGCCGGGUACCCCAACAUGCCCGUCAUUGCAGGCUGCGGUGCCGCCUCCACCCGCGAGACCAUCCACUUCUGCCAGGACUCCGGCGCAGCAGGUGCCGAUGCCGUCCUCGUCCUUCCUCCCAGCUACUACAAAGCGCUCGUGAGCACCGAGUCGAUGCACGCACACUUCCGUGCCGUGGCAGACGCCUCCCCCGUCCCCGUCCUGAUCUAUAACUUCCCCGGCGUGCAAUCGGGUCUGGAUCUCAGCUCCGAUGACAUCCUCGCUCUGGCGGAACAUCCCAACAUCAUCGGGUGUAAGCUCACUUGUGGCAACACAGGCAAGUUGGCCCGUGUGGCGGCGGGGAAGCCUGAGUUCCUGACCUUUGGAGGAUCCGCGGACUUCACCCUGCAAACGCUGGUUGCGGGCGGAGCGGGCAUUAUCGGUGGGGUGGCUAAUAUGAUUCCCCGGUCGUGUGUGCGGGUGAUGGAACUCUACCGGGCUGGACAGGUUGCCGAGGCGCAGAAGUUGCAGGGAAUUGUUGCCCGUGCAGAUUGGGCGGCCAUCCAUGGUGGGUUCAUUGCGGUCAAGAGUGGCUUGCAGUCUUACCGUGGAUAUGGGGGUCUCCCCCGUCGGCCUUGUGUGGUUCCUUCGGCCAAGGAGGCUGCUGCUAUUCACGAGGAGUUCCGAGAGGGCAUGGAGUUAGAGACAUCGUUGGAGGCUUAG